UUCCUGAUGUCCCGCCGUUGCCAGGUAAACGGCAAACAAAGAGAGAAGCGGUCUGGAAAGAGAAAGUUUGAGGAUAUGUGGGUGAUUGUCACUUUGUAGGCUGUUUGUAUGAGAUAUCCAUUUCAUGCCCUUGGAUUUCGUAGUUCGUUGUGUUAGUGUUACCAGUGUCACCAGUCCUGCUUGCUGCCCUUUGGUUGUUUUGCUAAUUUUUUUGUCAGGUGCUUCAUUGACAGUGGAUGGUGUGCAACAGCAGUGUUAUGAAUAUCAACGCAAUACCAACCUCUGCCACUUCAUGUUUUCACUAUUAAGCCAACAGUGAGAAAACAUGCUUUUCUAAUGCAAUGGAAGAAAUACCAGUAAAGGUGGCUGUGCGAAUCCGUCCACUUCUUCCAAGAGAAAUUCUUCAUAGACAUCAAGUGUGUGUGCGUAUAGUUCCUAACACACAACAGAUUAUAAUUGGUAAAGACCAUGUCUUCACCUUUGACUUUGUGUUUGGCCAAAAGUCUGCUCAAGAUGACAUUUAUUUGGCUUGUAUCGAACCACUGGUUGUUUCCUUUUUGGAAGGUUACAAUGUGACUGUUUUUGCUUAUGGGCAGACAGGAUCUGGGAAGACUUACACAAUUGGUGGUGGCCACAUUGCUUCCAUCUCUGAAGAAGAGAAGGGUAUAAUUCCACGUGCCAUACAGGAGCUGUUUCUUCAUAUUUCUGAAAAUCACAAUGUUGAUUUCACAGUGAAAAUUUCAUAUAUUGAAGUUUACAAAGAUGAACUAAGAGACCUACUGGAGCUUGAGACGUCUUCUAAAGACUUGCAUAUCAGAGAGGAUGAGAAAGGAAAUACAGUUAUUGUUGGUUCCAAGGAAUGCCAGGUGGAGACAGCUGAUGAAGUGAUGAGUCUUCUGGAAGCAGGAAAUGCAGCACGUCACACAGGUGCUACUCAAAUGAAUGAACACUCAAGUCGAUCUCAUGCUGUUUUCACAAUCAGUGUAAUCCAGCAAAGGCCAAAACAGACUGGUGAAGCUGAAGUAGGCAUAAAGGUCUCUAACAGAGCAGUCCAGCAAAUAUGCUCAAAGUUCCAUUUUGUUGACCUGGCAGGGUCAGAAAGAGUUACAAAAACAGGUAAUACUGGAGAACGGUUCAAAGAAUCUAUACAGAUUAACAGUGGUUUGCUUGCCCUUGGCAAUGUUAUCAGUGCCCUUGGGGAUCAAAAGAAGAAAAAUGGACACAUUCCAUAUAGGGAUGCUAAAAUUACUCGCAUAUUAAAGGAUUCUCUUGGAGGAAAUGCCAAGACUGUUAUGAUAACUUGUGUAAGUCCUUCUUCAUCAGACUUUGAUGAAUCCUUGAACUCUCUUAAGUAUGCAAACAGGGCAAGAAAUAUCAGGAACAAACCUAUUGUCAACUAUAAUCCAGACUGGGAUAGGAUUGAUGAAAUGGAACUUGAAAUCAAAACAUUGCGUGAGGCUUUGCUGUCUCGCCAAGCUGCCAUAGUAGCAAAUGCAAGUCAAGCUUCACAAGACUUGCUGAGUCAAGAAAAGGAACGCAUCCUGAGUCUUGAGGAGCAGCUUGGCCAGGUUCAGUUGGAGUGUUUUCACUACAGGAAUUGUACCCAUGAGGCAUUUAGGUUCCUGACAGAUAUGAGGAACACUGUCAGUCUGACAAAAAGCCAACAGCAUCGACUGCAGGACUGGCUUGAUAUGGCUGAGGAAAUGAAGGGUGAAAUCAUGGAGACACCUGGAGCUGACAGUGGGGUUGGAAACACUGAAGAGGAGCACAGUCACCGUACAAUAUUACAGCUUAAAAGAGAACUCAGGAAAUGCCAGGAUGCUUUGGCUUCAGAUGAGGAGGUCUUCAUUGAGAAAGAAGCCGAGCUCAAGGAGCUACGCAAUCAGAUUCAAACUGUUGUACGAGAAAACCAAGAAUACUUGAGAGAUCUACAGAAAGCUCAGGACAAUAACAGGAUUCAGAAUGAGAAGUUGGUUGAACAACAGCUUUUGAAUGAUCGGAUGAAAGGAGAACUUGAACUGCUUAAGAGAAACAAAUUGCUGAUACCUGAAGUGGGAUCUGAAGAUGAACAGAAAGUAGUGGCUGCAGAGAAGCGACCUUAUAGUGUGCCACUUGAUAAUAAGCAUCAGGCACUCUCCUUUAGUGUCGCAAAUUCUACUGAUCUUAGGCCAAACUCCAGAAAGGUACAUACAAGUCCUCCAGCAUAUUCACUUGAACGGGUGGUAGCUGGAUUUCGUACACGAAGUCAGAUGCUGUUGGGACAUAUUGAAGAACAAGAUGAGGUUCUCUGCCGUGAAUUCUCUGAUCAGAGUGAUGAAGAUGAGAGAGAGAAGCAUCAAAACAGAGAUAAGACUGCAUUCAAGCGAAAUAUUAACCGUACAUGGACAAAGAAUCAAUGCCCUGAUCUUCUUGAACCUGAGGUCAAAAAUGGUGUUUUCAGUUUGAAUGAAAUGCCAGUGGAUAACUCCGAGUCAGAAUUUACCACAGAGGUUGAGAAUCUUCGCCAAAGCCAGACAUUGAACCUGGAGAAAUUAAAAGAUACUGAUCGAAUGCUUGCACAAGCAAAACAGAAGCUGAGAGACCUCACCAUCAAUAUCUGUAUGAAAGAGGGACUUAUUAAAGAACUGGUUAAAACAGGUAAGGAUGCACAGGAGAUAAAUAAGCAGUAUUCCUGGAAGAUUUCUCAGCUGGAACAGGAAGCAGACAAGGCCAGAAAUGAACUGACUGAAACCCAGAAACAGUUGCAGGAGUUAGAAAACAAGGAGAUGAGAGAUGCAGCAGAGAAAAUCAGGUUACAAAAAGAAUUUCGUAAGAAGAUGGAUGCUGCCAAACUGAAAGUACAAUCGUUACAGAAGAAACAGCAAGACACAAAGAAGUUUGCAUCCAUGUCUACAGAGACCCAGAAACGGCUAACUGAACUUGAGCGCAGUGUGGGACACAUGAAGCAGCAGCAGACACAACUGCAGAAGAAACUGCAAGAGGAAACAGAAAAGAAAAGAAAACUGGAAACUGAGAUACAGCGAGAUCAGCAGCGUAUCAAAGAACUGCAACUGAAGACAGAGCAACAGAAAAAAAUGCUGAGAAUUAAAACGGAGGAGAUUGCUGCAUUUAAAAAAACAAAACGUUCCAUGAGUACCCCAGAUGAACUGCAGCGAAUAGAGGAACAAAGGAAAUGGCUAGAUGAAGAAGUGGAAAAGGUCCUUCAGCAACGCCAGACAUUAGCGGAGCUUGAAGAGGACUUGAAGAAAAGGGAAGAAGCCAUAACCAAAAAGGAGACUUUGCUACAGGAGAAAAGCCAUUUUGAAAUCAAGAAACUGAGAUCUAGCCAGGCUUUAAGCAGAGAUAUCUUAAAGCUAUCCCACCAGCUGAGUGUUCUAGAUGAGGAGCUGACAAAUAAAUCUGCCCAGAUGCAGGAAGGCACUGAAGAUGAAAAGAGAAAGAUUGCUGAUGAAGCACAUGCUCUGCAGAAAGAGCGAGAGCACCUCCUUCAGAGGCGAGACCACUUGGAUGAUAAACUGAGGCAUGGCAGUGUAUUGUCCCCUGAAGAAGAAAGAAUUCUGUUCCAGCUGGAGGAAGGUAUUGAGGCUCUGGACAUUGCUAUUGAAUAUAAAAAUGAAGCCAUUCAACAUCUCCAGCAGUCAGUGAGGAUGUCCACACAGACCCUAAAACAGAAUGAGGCAAGUUUUAUGGAAAAAAUUGGUUCACUUUCACCUUCCGAAAUCAGAUCUCUCCUCUUCAGAUACUUCAGCAAGGUGGUAGGACUGCGUGAGAAAGAGCACAAGGUACAACUGGAGUGUGAAGAGAUGAAGAUGAAGAUCAAUGAACAGAGUAAUGUAAUGCGAGAAUUGGAGUCUGCACUGGAGCGCCUUACACUAGAGGCUGACAGGCGUUUAACUCUUCAGCAAAAAGAACAUGAGAAGGAUGUGCAGUUAAUGCUGCAGCAGUUUAGAGUGCAAGGAGGUGAAGGAAUUGCAGAAAACAUUAAAUUCUAUGAAUCAAAGAUUCAACAACUGGAAAAAGAUUUGUUUUUUUACAAGAAAACUAGCCGGGAGUUGAAGAAAAAGAUGAGGGAGCUCGUCGUAGAUUCAUUAAAUCAGCAUGCUGUGCUUGCAGCAGAUAAUGGUGCCAAUAAAGAAUUACUGAAUCAAGAAGAAAUAGAAAUAUCUUCUGAGGAAUCAAAGUGGAAUUCUAAAUCAGAAGACGAUAAAUCUAAUGAAAAGAUGAAAUGUGCUGAGAAUGUUUCUACAAACUCAACAUCACAGCAGAUCAGCAGACAACGUAAAGAAAGAACUGAAGCAUCACAAAGCCCCAUCUCUCUGGCACGAAACAGGAAGCAGUCAUUAAAUGCUGAGGACCAGUCAACACCAGAGGAUCCAGAGUUUUCAAAUAUGCUUACUGGGGUACCCGCCUCUUUUCCAUCAGGAGACAGCAUAAGCCAGUGGCAUGGAGCCAGUCCAAUGCGAGUCUCACGAAAAGAUCUGCGGCAGAUCUCUGCUUCAGAACUGUCAAUGAGACGGUCCAGUUUAGGAGCCAGCAUAAACUCAGCACCUGCAGAUUCAAUUGAGCUCCUCAGAAAGUCUGCAGACUUUGGUCAUAAAAGGUGAAUGUGACUGCCUUAGCAUGAUUUAAACGGAGUUUAAAACAGAACAUGUGACCUUUUUUUUAAAAUAUGACCAUGUGCAUAAUGACAAAGAGAGAAAGAAUCCCUUUCUCAAACAAAAUGAUAUUCACAAAAUGGUUGGUUUUACAGUGCAUCAGUAUUUUUUUUUUUUU